UCCUUUUAAAUACCUCCAAUCUCCUUCACUCUCCUUCCAUCCUGUGCCAUAAACGAAAUAGACCGAUAGGAGUAGUACUCGCAAGCUAGUCGUGAAAGACAAGGGCAAGGACGCCUGAGUUUUACAAAACGAGAAAAGAGUACACGCCGAGAUGGAUGAGCAGUGAUCAGUCGUCGCCGAUGGAGUCGAGUGGUGGCCCAUGUCCUCCUGGAGAUGGCGCUCCAGCGGUGAGCGCCAAGAAGCUGUGGCGCGUGAUGCGCGCCGUCUACCUCGUCCUCGUCAAGAAACACCAGCCCAAGCUCGCGGCGCUCGGCGUUCACCUGCACCACCUGCUCUCCAGCAGGCGCGACCACCGCGGCAGCCUCGCCGCGGCUCGGGAACUGCACCCGGCGCUGACGUACCUGUCUUCGCUGUCGUGCCGGUCCAUGGACCCGGUCGCCGCGGUGGUGCACCCUUACCCGCGCGGCCACGGCCACGGCCACCGCCGCGCGUCGUCGUCUGCGCCGGCUGGCUCCCUCUCCUCCAUAUCGUGCCGGUCCAUGGACCCCGCCGCCGCCGUGUGCCAGUACCAGUACCGUCCCCGCGAGGUCCAGUUCAGCUGCAAGAGCACGCCGCUGCACAAGCGCCGCCGCCGCGAGCAGCGGCGCCUGCGCCUGCAGUACGGCGCCGAUGGUCACGACCAUUCGUCGGUGCCGGAGAUAGAAAGCUACGGAUCGGCCGCGGCGGUGACGAGGCUGUUCGAGCUGAUGGACGUGAAGGAGGCGGCCGAGGCGACGGACGUCGACUACGACGAUGCCGACCUGGACCUGGAGAGCGCGGUGGCGUGGCCGGCGCUGUCGAUCGGGCCGGCGCCGCGGCAGGUGCGCAUCACGGACUCGCCGUUCCUGGCAAGGGAGGAGGGCGAAGAGGAGGGGAGGGGUCUGGUGGACAGGCGCGCCGACGAGUUCAUCAUGUGGUUCCACGAGCAGCUGCGCACGCAGCAGCAGCAGCGCAGCACGACGCACUACUGGGUCAGAUAAGCUAGUGGGUGAAGAGCAGAGCAGAAUACGGCCUCCAGUCUUGUGAAUCGUUCAUGCAUGAUCAUGAUCAAUGCAUGGAUUAUUAUAUAAGAGUACAUGCAUAGAUCGAUGUGCGCAUGAACGUUCCUACUUUUUGAUAAUCGAUGUACACGAUCCAGUUGCAGUAUGCUUGAUUUUUGUUGUUUUGAAACACAGUUCCUGAACCUGUUCAUUUCUUAUAAGCUUGUUAAACUUGGCUAUUUUAAUUUUACAUUCCUAGUUGAGUCCUAAA